AUGUCUUCUCCUUCGACAAACCGAAAGCCGCGCGUCUGCACUCGAGAGGCUUGUGAACCAUGCCGAAAAGGUCGAUCAAAGACACCAUGCGCACGAUGCUCGUCGCGGGGACUCGAAUGCGAGUACCAGGCUCGGAUCCACCGCAGCAAACGCAGCCUCAGAGACGAGAUUGAGGUACUCAAGCAACGGCAGCGCGAGCAGGACGCGCUGCUUGAAGCGCUGCAGGAUCCCCUGCGCAGAGACGCCGCCUUGCACAUGCUCCAGGAGAGAAGCCGUGCGGCCGCGGUCAUGAACGACAGUGACUUGGGCCAGCAACAGACGGACAUGCCGAUCAAGCAGGAGGAGAGGAGACAUUCCGACGUCAGCAGCUGGAACAACUUUGACGACAUGAGGGCGUCGUCUGGAAGCCCGCUACAGGGGUUCACCUCUAGUUCGACAACGCGCCCGAUGGUCGCGACGACCCCUCAGAUGGCUUGGACUACGACUGGUCCAUCCAUGAGGCCUGACACGAGCGUGACUUCCGGCAUGGAGACUGGCGCGUUCCAAGCACCUGCUACGACGGCAGCAUUCGCUGGUCAGCUCGGCCAUUUCGUCCACAGUGGGAACGACUCGGAGCCGUCUCCCCUGCAACAACAAAUGCCAAUGGGCAAUUAUCCAGAUGGUUCGGCGGCGCCAUUGCCCUUUCGAAUGCAAAACAACGACUGGAACAAAGACGCUGCUAGCAGCCAGAUGUCCUCGCAGCCUUGGAUGGGCGCGUCGCCGGCUAUGGUAGGUCACGUACCUCUGCAGCAACAGCAACAACCAGGCAAAGCCUCCUCCGGGACGACACAGUCAUCGGCACCCUCCAUGACUUCGGCCACCCCGAGCGUGGGCGGCUUGCCAUUCUCCCCCUCCAUGAAGCCUCCGCCUCCCGUCUCCUUUUUCGAACCGGUGGACGAGUCCGGACGCCGGCAGAGCAUGCCGGAUUGUAGCACAGUCACGGCGGAUACGGCACCCAUCGAAAGCGCCGACGCCCGCGAACGCCAUCGCAUCGCCUCGGCCCGGAGCUGGAGCAAACAGAAAAGCGCCAUCGCAGACCUGCAGGCCACUGUGUCUCGCGUCGAAGCGCAGCACGCCGCGCUGCGGCAAGAGUACACGCAGGUGCUGAAUCAGGUUCACGACGUCCACAACGCGCUACUCAAGCACGUGGGUUGCAACGACCCCGCCAUAUCCAUGUGGCUCAAGCAGGAUCAGGAGGCAUCGACGGCGGGCAUGAGUCGGGGGAAGCCAGGGCCCCCGCGGCCGACAACGAAUGAGUUUGUUGCAGAAUUUUCUCAUGAUGCAUUCUGA